CACGGCCGGGAAUCAAACUGGCGGGACUGGCUUCAGAUUACUAGCCCGAUUCCCGAUCCCGACUUAUCUUAAAAUAAGAUGAAUAACUAGCUUGAGAGACCUAACUACUGCACACAUCACCUUAACAAUCCAUCAAACAGAUACUGUUGAUGGCGAAGGAGAACAACUUUUUUGCAUGACUGAAGGACAAUUUGUUUGAGAGUCCACACUAAAGUAAAGAUAUUUGCAUACAUGGUCAAAUUUGUCUUGGAGAAAGAAAACAUCUUUGUCCUGGUCACAAUUUAUAUCUUACCAACAUGUCAUGUUUUUCAAUUGCUUUUUUAAAUUAAUGAUUGAGCUAUCUGAAUUUUGUGGGGUAAUUUGGCUUUCCUAUGCUAAAAAUUGAUUUUUUCUCAUUGCUUGAAGGAGAACUUGGUAAACUUGUUUUAAAAGUAUAGCUGCAAGCAUACCAGCUUUAAUGUAAUGUUCUGUACUUUAUCUAUUAUUCUACUCUUAAACAGCAAUUCAGACCUUUAGUGACCUCAGGUUUCGGGUAGGGUACAUGGUUUGGCCAUAUUACUUAGACUUUUUGAUCCCUUGAAAGCUACAAUUAGGGCCUGCAACCAUUGUAAACAUUCAUACCUUCCUUCAUGCCUGGUUCUAAUUGUCUUGAAUUUUGUAUUGGUCCUUUUUGUAUACAAGGCUCACAGGUUUUCCUGUUAUAAACUUAAUAACAAAAUGUUUAAUGGGACUUUACCAAUGUCCAAUAAUGCUUAAUCCUUCAAUUUAUCAUUCUACCUUUUCAUAUUUGCAUGUCAGGCCACAGAGAACUUGAAAUAGGAGUGCGGUCUAAGAUUGAUUUGCAUACAUUGCAUGGGAAGGGAAGCCCAGACAUCCUUAACCCCUAGACUUCUUCAGCCUAGCCAUACAAGUAAGAUUAACCUGUUAGGUCAGGCUCUUUCAACCCUAUUGAAGCACCACCAUGGGCUUCUUUCAAAAGUGCAGCCAGGCUAAAGUGCCUUCCAUCCUGAUAUUGGGGGCAGUGUACGUGGCCUAUGUGUUGAUCGGCGGGGUGGUGUUCUGGAAGUUGGAAGGACGUCUGGUUCAGGAGGAUAUAAGCCGCAUUCUGGAGGGGAAGAUCAGGCUACUCAACACCUUCCCCUGCCUGAAACAGGAAGGUUUGGAAACGGUGUCAGCGGUAAUUCAGGAUGCUCUGAAAGUAGGGGUCAGUCUGAAAGGCAAUCAGACAAUGGAUGGUCUCUGGAAGUUCACGAGCUCAGCUGUGUUUGCUGCUACUGUAGUCACUACCAUAGGUUAUGGAAACAUGAGCCCACGCACGAUGGCUGGGCAGAUCUUCUGUGUGUUCUUUGCUCUCUUUGGGAUCCCCCUCAACAUGGUGGUCCUUAACAGAGUGGGAAAGUACAUGCUGGUCAUAGGGAGGAAAACCUGUGACUUCCUACAGGGAAAAACCAACUACAGGAGGUGCACUAGGUUUAUGGUUCACCUGGUGUCCUACCUUUGUGGGGCAGCAUUGUUCUUUGUGAUGCCCAUGAUGGUAUUUGAGCAGCAAGAGGGCUGGAACUAUUCCAAGGGCAUCUACUACUGUUUCAUCACUCUCAGCACCAUUGGCUUUGGUGACUAUGUUGCAGAUAGCAACCCUGACGUUGUCUACCCAGGCUGGUACAGCGUUCUCAUGGCCUCUUGGAUCUUCUUUGGCUUGGCAUGGUUGGCCCUCAUUAUAAACCACUCUAUUGAUAUUCUGGAGAGGCUUAAUGCCCAUGUCAAGCGUUGGGGGAGCUCAACAGAUGACUGCCAGGAUGAGGAACCUGCUGUCCUUGCCCCGGAAGCAGAAGGGGUCAAGAAUGUCCCACUGAAUGAAUAAUUAAUGAAAUGAGACAUGAAUGACUUAAUCUUCAAUUAUAUAUAGCUUAAUAAUUUUGAUGGUUCAAGGGCUGAUACCUGUGAUUCUAGUGUUUUAUCAGAUAGAUAAUAGGCUAUAUAAGGUACAGAAGAUGAUUGUCCGAAAACAUUUGUUAGUUUAGAUUUUCCUUUUCAAGUGCACAUUUUAAUGUAGUCAGUGGGUUAUUUCUCAGUUAAAAUCAACUUGACACUUCGUAUCUUCUUAUGUAACAGUGCUUCCUCACCAAAUUAUUUCUGUUCAAAUACUAUUAAAAAGCAAGGGUCAGUUUGACAUUUUCGUUUAUGAUACAGACCACUGUAUUCAUAUACUAAGAUGAAGCGAGCCAUUCAAACAACAAUUUCCUUUUACAAUUGUCCGUGCGACACUACAUUAGCCUGAGGCUCAGCUACUGAUUGCUGUAUGGGCUGCUUAAAAAACUUGAAAAAUUAAGAGUAUACGUAUACUUCUCUAAGAACCACUAUACCACUGCCUGUGCCCCAGUAGAGUUUUAUGUCUAACAACGCCCCUGUGUGCAAACAUGCCAAUGUGAAAUUUUUGCAACAAUUUAAACAAAAACAUGUUUAGAUUUUUGAUUCAAUAUUUUGUGGUUUUGUUUAUUUUUAAUUCAGGCUGUAUAGUAGGCUAUAUAGGUUCUUUCUACAGGUAUUCACAACAGUCAAAAACACUCAAUAUCCCAAGGAAAUGUUUCAUGUUAUUUGGAAGAUCUGUGUAUUACAGGGCUGUAUACUAGUACAAUACCAGUGCUCAAAUGUCCAUAUAGCCUGAUAUUACUGUUAGUAUACAAGUAUAGUACUCUGGUUUGCUUUGUAUAUAUCAGAAUAUAUAUAGGUAUAUAUAUAUUAAUGAUAAAUAUGUCUCAAGCAGCUGACAUAUAAAACUGUAAAUCUGAUAUAAGAUUAUAAUCUCCACAAGGAAAACAAAUUCUAAAAAUAUCAGUGCUGUUUGUUUUUUUU